AUGUUUUUCUCACGCAUCAGCCCUCUCCUGCCGCUGCUCAUCCCCUUCUUCAUCUUGGACGCGACGGCCCCCCUGUCGACGAUGACAGCGGUGACGACGGUUCUGCUGGGGGCGGCCCAGGCCCCGGCGGGGGUCGUGGUCGCAGCGGACGCAGUGGUGGAGUUGACGGUGGGCCUGGCGUUAAGCGUCCUCGGUCUCGCCCUCAUCGCAGCGGCGUUGGCCCUGCCGAUGCCCCCGCUGGUCCACGGGUUGGCGGGCGCAGCCCCGUCGAGUUGCCGACGACCCCGCCCUUCAACAAGGGCGCCCCUGCUUUUCUUCCCGCGCCGGUGCGUGGGAUUGCAGAUGUCCUCGCGUCCGACCAGGGCAUUCCUGCUGCUGCGUCGGUGGGUUUGCCUGAUGGUGGAGCGAAUCCCGGCGUUGCUAGUGCUGCUGGCGCUCGUGGGAUUGAUGAUUGUGGAGUGCCCGCGGAUCUCGUGGAGAGAUUCGAUAACUGUCUUUUAG